UUUUACUUUCAGCGAUAUCGUGAAAAAAAGCUCCUAAUAUUUACAUGUAUAAAACGCAGGAUCUAACUUAAGAGAUGGGUGAUAUUGCGAAAGUUUAUGUCCAUCUAUGCUUAAGUACAGUUAUAAGUUGCAGAUAUCUAUUUAUAAGUGACGAAGUCUGUCUAAAAACGUAUACUGAAAGAAACGAGAAUUUAUCUCGUUUUGAGAUCUUAAAAAUAACCAACAAAACAACCGUUGAUAGUUUAGCAGCAUUCUUUAAAAACUAUGGCGACAACAUUACGGCUGUGUUCUCUUUUACUGAACACGCUCAACUUAUCAAAAGCAUACAUUUUCCUAACUAUGAACGUUAUUAUAGUUUCGGAAGUAAUCGUGCGCAUUCCGAAGCUCUUCAGAGGAAUCUACCAUCUGGUGUUUGUUUUCGUUUUAAUCAACUUUACAAAGAAAUUCUUACAGUUUUUGUAAAAAGUCUGUGGAUAAAAAAUAAUGCCGCAAUUAUUGAAAACAGCUACUGUUCAAAAAUCUUUUUACAUACAAUCUUAAAAGAUCUUGAAACAAGUAACAACUCAAAUAUCGCACUUAGUUGGACACUAAUUGCUAUCGACUUUAGGAAAGACAAUAACACAAUCAUCUUUGAGAAACUUUAUCCACUAAGAACCAUUCUUGUCAAUAUAGUAGUAGUAUUAACUCCUAUAGAACACUUUAGUAAGAUAACGAGCCAUUUAAAUCUCAUAAAUUCUCCGAGCAUUUGGUUAAUUCCAGACUAUGAGAAAAAUGUGACGUUAUUUCAAAAUUUUCAGAAGGUUAUAUACUUUGAUAUAUCAGAUAAUUUUGAAUUACUAUUUUAUUCGCAAACAAACUUAUCUCUUCAUUCGCUUUUAAAUACCUAUGAAGAAAGUUUAAACAACUCAAAUGAUAAAUUAGGUUACUGCUUGGAAUGCAGACUUGCUGAAACAGUUAUUACGCAAAUGGAAAAGUCCCAAAGGAAAAGGUAUUCAUUAAAAAUAUACCAAAUUUCAAAAAGCGCAACUGGAAGUUUAAUCUAUGCAAACUCUAGUGCAGAAAUUAAUCUAGGGCAUUUAUCAAUCUCUGAUCAAAAUGGAUUAUCAGCUUUCCGUUUUUUACCAGAUGAAUUAUUUCAAGAAAAAUUGCGAGUUGUUACUUUAAUAGAGCCGCCAUUUACAUUUAUGCUUGACACUAAAAAAGAUAUUAAUGAUGAAACAUGCAAUGGAAUUAUUUGCAGAAUAUUUGAAAAGGAAAAAUCAGAAUGGAAACAAGUUUGUUGCCUAGGUUACGGUAUUUCUUUAUUAUUAUCUAUCAUGAACUAUAUAAAUGUUGAUGUGGAUUUGUACGUUGUUAAGGACUCAAAGUACGGCGAACUUGUAAAAGGCGAGUGGAAUGGACUUAUAGGUGAAUUAGUAAGGGACAACGCUGACAUGGCUUUAGCUAUACUGACAGUUACCGAAGAAAGAUCGAAAUUCAUAGACUUUACAAUACCUUUCAUGGAACAAUACACUGGCAUAAUAACAAAACCGGAAGCUCUUCAAUUAUCGUUUUUUAAUUGGGAGUUUAUGGAGCCCCUUUCUGGAACUAUUCAACUAAUUGUUUGGUUUUUAGUUAUUGGAAUGAUAGUUAUAAAUUAUUUGUUUGAAAACAUUAUUUACAUAGCAAGUUUGCAAGAUCAAAAAUUUGCACCUGAGGUAUAUUAUACUUUAAACGAUAGCAUGAUAUAUAUAGCUGGAGUUACUCUGCAAAAAGAUAUGGAUCCAGUUAAUCCAGUAAAAGCAGGAGCAAGAUUAACAGCACUAAUAUAUACGUUUGGAAUGGUUAUUCUUGUUAGUACUUACACUGCAAAGCUUGCAGAAUAUAAUAUUCAAACACAGGAGAAAAAUCCAUUUCUAGGAUCAAAAGAUGAAAGGAUUCGUAACCCAACUCCAAGUUUUAAAUUUGCAACAGCAAAAAGUACAAGCUUUGUAUCAUUCUUCAGGUCUUCUGACAUACCUGAAUACCAAAGAAUCGGUAAGUUCAUGGAUGCGUACAACGUAAACACGUUAAAAGAAGGAGUAGAUCGCGUAAAAAAUGGUUCAUUAGAUGCAUUCAUAAAUGAUUAUAUCUUUAUGUUUUGGUACGCAUCAAACGACCACGAUUGCCAACUUCGUUUGUUCAAAGAUCAGAUUGCAAAAUCUAUCAACUCAUUUGCCUUAAAAAAAAACUCGCCUCACUUGGAAGAAAUUAACAAUGCAAUUCAACGCCUAAUAGACGAAGAAAAAAUUAUAGAUAUGCAGAAUAAAUGGAUGUCUAAAUUUUGCCAACCAGUUUUUUUUGUUCAAACUAAAACUCCGCUAGGUAUUAAAAAUUUUGGCGGACUAAUAAUGGUUCUUGUUGUAACUAUGGUUUUAUGCUUUCCACUCUUGGUUUCAGAGACUUUUUAUUACAAAUAUCACAUUCAUCAAACACUAGCAACGCUUUUCAAAACAAAAUUCGGUCGAACUAAUAAUGAAACUGUAGAAGAAAUGUGCGGCGAACAAUUAAAUUCCUCUGUUGUAGUUAACCGUUUGGGCGUUGUUACAUUUAAAAAUGCAAAGAUCUCUAGAUCUUGAAAACUUUAUUUAAACAGAAAAUUCGAAUUCCAAUUUUUUGUUUAUUGAUUUUAUGAAAUUUAUAAUUUUCGAUGUAAAUGCCCUUGUAACAUUUGUUAUAGUUGUGUUUGUGAAGCA